AUGGCGGGGCAAGCUCGAGCAGGAGUGACUUCGACCUGGGAGAGACAAUGCCUGGAGGAGGAGCACCUGGAAUUUCAUUGUGAUGGCACAGAAGCCCGACACAAAGCAGGUAAAAAGGAGGAGGGUGUGUGCCAGAGUCCCGCUGCUGGAAGGGUAGAGGCGGGGAUGGUGAGCCUCUUCCGUAACUUCCGAGGACACCCGACGUGGCCUGCGCUGGAAGCGAUAGAACACUUCAAACUCCAGGCUACAAAAAAAAUGAAUUUGAAGGAAAACAGGAUUCCAAAGUAUACCUUAGUCUGCUAUGAUUCACUUAAUAAUUCUUGCCCAAAACAACUCUAUUCAGUCAACAAUUCAUUAAUAAUAUAUAUAAUGAUGUGCAUAAUCAUCGUUGUGACUGUAUGUGGAAAUCUCUUGGUUGUUAUUACCAUAUCACACUUCAAACAGCUUCAUACUCCAACAAAUUAUCUCAUCCUCUCUUUGGCACUGGUUGAUUUACUUUUAGGGGGCUGUGUUAUGCCACCUCUCAUGGCUCGAAUUGCUGAAAGCUGUUGGUAUUUUGGUGAUUUUUUCUAUCGUUAUUUUGCUGUGUGCCAUCCUUUCAGGUACAAAAAUAUUGUUACGGCCUUUCUAACAUUCACCUUUAUUGUUUUCAGCUGGAUUCUGUCAGCUGUGCUUGGUUUUGUAAUUAUGUUUCUUGAGUUAAACAUAAAAGGAAUAGAAGACCAAUAUGUAAAUACAAAGUGUGUGGGGAGCUGUUAUCUGAUGCAAAAUGAGGCAUCAGGUCUUUCAUCAUCAUUAUUCUCUUUUUAUUUCCCAGGGAUUGUUAUGAUAUGCAUUUAUAUAAAAAUUUUUUCAGUUGCUAGUAGGCAGGCCAGAGCAAUAAGAGAUGCAGAACAUCAAAGCCACGAGGAACAAAAAAAGAGGGCUGCUUCAAAUAGAAGAGAAACAAAAGCUGCAAAAACACUGGCAAUUGUGAUGGGAGUUUUCCUUGUCUGCUGGGUCCCAUAUUUCUUGUGCAACAUCAUUGAUCCCCUUUUGAAUCACGUUAUGUCACCUUUACUUAUCGAACUCUUAGACUGGUUUGGUUACAUGAACUCAACAUUUAACCCUCUUGUGUAUGGAUUCUUUUACAGUUGGUUCAGAAAAGCCCUGAAAUUAAUCGCAACUGGCAAGAUUUUCCAAAACAAUUCAUCUAGAACAAAACUUAUAACUGACUAA